CGCCCUCUCUAGGCAUAAGCCUGCAGUAGUAAUUUCAAGAAAAUGGAGGCAAUUUCAAUUUCGCAUUUUUACACGCAUUUUAUGGUGUGUUCAUCGAGUCGUUUUUGCAAAGUGGAAAUCAGGAAACUUCCACGGUGGUGUUUUUGGCAGUGUUUAAUGCUCAGAUGCCGUUUAUUUAAAAUGUUCCGCGUGAGAAAUGAUCUCAGACAAUGAGUUUAUUCAACUAUAACUACGUUUGGAGUUAAAUUCUGAUACGCUUCACCAGUUUCGUGAAAAAAAGUUCACAGUCAGUACUAGGCCCUUAUCCGUCGUGCCACAAAACUAAGUGAUGCUUUGUGGACAUUUUUCAAAGUCUACCUCGGCAAUAGUAUUUCUUUUGAUAUGUUCUUCAGAAUUAGUGUAUGGCGGAUGGACACCGUGGUCCAGCUGGUCUGAGUGUACCAUCAGCUGUGGGGAGGGAGCCUACACAACUCGCUCACGGACCUGCCUGGAUGAUGGGACGGCCUGCUACGGUGACUCCUUUGACGGCGACGUCUGUAACAUGGACCCCUGUCCGGUUGAUGGCAUCUGGCUGGAGUGGAGUGGAUGGACCAACUGCACUCUACCCUGUGGUUCAGGGACCAGGUACCGCCGGAGAGAGUGCCAAGAACCAAUGCACGGUGGAACACCCUGCCAGGGACCGUAUGAUGAAACAGAGGCCUGUAAUGUUGACCCCUGCCCCGUGGAUGGGAACUGGACCAUGUGGAGUGACUGGCAUGCCUGUCCUGUUUCCUGUGGAGGCAGCACCCAGACCAGGAAUCGAACCUGCAUCGGUCCGUUCUACGGAGGUCAACCCUGCGUGGGCGUCACAAGCGAAGAGAGAGGAUGCAAUCCAGAUCCUUGCCCAAUCCAUGGCGCUUGGUCUGAGUGGACCAGCUGGUCGGAGUGUAGCGUCACCUGUAACUACGGAGUCAUCACACGGCGGCGGUCAUGUGACAAUCCUGCCCCACAGUACGCAGGAGACUAUUGCUGGGGGCGUGGCUUGGAAACCAGGGAUUGUUAUCCGCUUACCUGCCCACGUAAUGGCGGCUGGUCGCCAUGGUCUGCCUGGACUGACUGUUCCCAGUCCUGUGGCUGGGGUUUUCGUCAGCGCCAGCGUACCUGUGAUAACCCUGCCCCAGCCUUCGGUGGCUACUACUGCGUGGGGUCCGAGACUGGCGGAGAAAGCUGCAUUGAGGCCCCAUGCCCUGUCGAUGCUAGCUGGGGUCCGUGGGGUGCAUGGAGUAACUGCUCCAAGCCCUGUGGGUCAGGAGGCAACCACACACGUACCAGGCUCUGUAAUUUCCCCCCGGCGCUGCAUGGUGGCAGAGACUGCGUUGGACUGAAUUGGAGUAUGGGAGAUUGCUACGUUGAUCGCUGUGAAGAUGACGGGGGUUGGUCAGAGUGGAGUGCAUGGAGUAGCUGCAGUAAGGAGUGUGAGACGGGUCUUGAGAUGCGUAACCAUACCUGCAGUAACCCACCCCCUACCCCACCGCAUGGCGAGUAUUGCCGUGGGCCGAGCAAUGAAACCAGGAUAUGCAAUACGCACAUCUGCCCAGUACACGGAGGCUGGGCCCCCUGGUCCACAUGGACUCUAUGCCCAAUCACCUGUGGGGGCGACAUUGAGACCCGCUAUCGCAUCUGCACUAAUCCCCCGCCGUUGUUUAACGGCGACGACUGCGCGGGAUCGCCCAAUGAGGAGAGAGCGUGCAGCACCAAUGGAUGCCCCGUUGAUGGUGCUUGGACGACCUGGUCGACUUGGGCAGUCUGUUCCACUAGCUGUGGAGGGGGGAAUACCUCCCGGAUCCGUACGUGCACCAACCCGGCCACUAUAUGGGGAGGGACUCCGUGUCCUGUGACCGACCCCAGUCAAGAAUGGAACGACUGCAAUAUGUUUCCUUGCCCAAUUCACGGUGGUUGGUCCGCCUGGUCGGACUGGCCAGAGUGCCCAGUCACAUGUGGUGGCUUUGAGCUGCUACGAGACAGGGAAUGUACCAACCCUGUGCCACAUCAUGGAGGGGAUGCCUGCCCAGGCGAUGCGCAGGAAACCUACCUCUGCAGUGAUAACCCUUGCCCAGUAAACGGCAGUUGGACGCAGUGGUCGUCCUGGAGCGAGUGCAGCGUGUCCUGUGAGGGCGGUAUGCAGUCCAGGCAACGCACCUGUGCUGACCCGGCCCCCGCUCAUGGUGGAGCCUAUUGCCAUGGCAACUGGACCGAGGAGGACAUUGGCGAGCAGAUGGAAAUGGAAGUGAAGGGAUGCAACUUCCAGAUGUGCCCAAUUGACGGAGGUUUCACCGAGUGGACAGAGUGGCCGAUUUGCCCGGUAUCCUGCGGAGGGGCAACCAUCUACCGCCGUCGCAACUGCACCAACCCCGUCCCUAAGCACGGCGGUCUGGAUUGCUCGGGAAGCAAUGAGAGUCACCAGAUCUGUAACGGUGAUGUUCAGUGUCCAAUUCAUGGUAACUGGGGGCGUUGGCUGGACUGGGCCCCUUGCUCCAAACUUUGUGAGAAUGGCACGACGUCCCGCAUCCGUCUGUGCAACGACCCGUCACCUCUAUACGGUGGGGAUAGAUGCGAGGGGAGCAUGCAGGAGGUGACGAUCUGCAACACUCAUAGAUGUUCUGUUCACGGUGGUUACUCCCUGUGGACAUCAUGGAGCCAGUGCACCAAGUCCUGCGGGGGAGGACAGACCGAGCGGACUAGAGACUGCACCAACCCCACCCCGGCGUUUGGCGGGAACCCCUGCGUUGGACCAAACAUAGAGAAACGGUUGUGUGCUGCCUUCUACUGCCCAGUCGACGGUGGUUUUUCUUCCUGGGGUGAGUGGACGCCAUGCCCAGUCACCUGUGGUGGAGCCAUCAUCAACCGUACCCGGGCCUGUACCAACCCAAGCCCACGCCAUGGCGGUCAGCCCUGCCAGGGACCCAUAGAAUCAUCCACCUUGUGUGCUGGCACCCCAUGCCCAGUCGAUGGUGCCUGGACACCCUGGAGUCAGUGGUCACAGUGCUCAGCUACGUGCGGCGACGGACAAGAAAUGAAGAGGAGGAAUUGUUCAGAGCCCUCCCCUGCCUAUGGGGGGUCUGAGUGCCUGGGGGAGGGGUACAGGGCGGUCAUGUGCUACAAUGACAACCAAUGCCCAGUUUUACCGACUCCUCCAUCUAACCUCAACUUCUCUGUAUCCGUGACCGAUGCUGGCCUAGUGUCCGUCUACGUCAGCUGGGAUCCAGCAGAGAGUGACGAAGCUACCACGGAUUACUUUGUUGUACAGGCCAAACGGAUCCCCACCCAAGGUGUUCCCAAGGGCAACGCCUCAGCCUAUGAGUGGCUGGCAUUCGGUACCGUCAUGGGGGUCCAUCAUAGCGUACCUAUCAGAGAUACUGGUCAGACUAAAGCAGGGUUAUUUGAAGGUGACUUCAAGGUGCGCAUUAUUGCUGGUAACCAGCAUGGGGAGACCAGCUCUGAUGAAUAUUCAUUCAAUGUUGUGAAAUAUCUACUUGGAGGAUCGGUACAUACAGUAUUUCACGUCAGUCCUGUAAUUAUGACUGCUGUAGUGGUGGUCACUUACUUUCUCUGCCUUUAGGUAUAAAGACAGCAAAGUAGGAAAUUUAGGCCGCAUCCCAAAGACUGUCUAGAGCUAUUUUUCAGGGCUUUGCCCCUUACAACUAUAAGAGAAUACCCCGACAAUGGACCCUGUGCACAAGUACCCUCUGAACAGUUACAAAGUUGGAGAUAUUCAAGCGUAUGAUCAGAUGCUGACGCAAAGAUGCUAUGGCUUCGUGCACACUGAGAAAAAAAUCAAUAAUGUGUACUAACUACUUCAUGCUAUACAUGUGUGACUGACGUGAACCACUUUGGGCAGGCAGUGAGUCCCAUCCACUGGGCAUUCGAAAGUGCAAAAAGCGCCCUCUCUUGUUCAUGCUCGGAGCCCACAUCCAUAGCUCUGGAAGCUGGUUUUGGACAAGGCCAUACUCUCCGCAACGUUCUGCGUGUAAUGCAUCAUAGGGUAUGGAUUUUGAAAACUGUCGAUGCUGCUUGUUUCUGAAGAGCAGGAAUAGUGUGAAAUGGAGGGGAUUGGUUGUGACUGUUGCAUUCCUGAUUCCGAUUGGCCAAACAAAUUCCAGAUGAUCGUAGCUCUUUCAAUUCCAAUCUGAGCGCGCGGCUGUCCUGUUAAACUCUGAAUCAAGGAUCAAAUAAAUGUGUGUAUUGAGAACUAAACAGGGAAAUUUUACUGUAUAGGCCAUAUUUGUCAGCCCUAUUCUUGGUAAAAUCGCUAGAAAAAUCCUAUUUAUUGAAACAGUUUAGUAACUACUUAAAAUCUUUAAACAAAAAUUGGUAAAUAUGGGAGGAAUUUUUAGCUGUAGCAAUAUGUAAAAUCAAUAACCUUUGAUCCGAUUCACGUCAGUUUAUUCCCUGAAAAUAGCAUCUUAACCACAGAGAUGCCACUUUUCAGGUUUUAACCUGUACUCAGUUUUUUUUUCUUCAAAAUAUGUGACAAAUUAAAAGUGCUGGAUUUGGUCAGAAACAUCCAGAAACCCAUUUUUUGAAAGAAGGUAAGGCUGGUUUCAGGUUUUUAGUAGUGUUUCAGGCUUUUUUUGAUAUAUUGGUGGGAUCUCUGUUACCAGUUCAUGCCAGGAUUGCACGUGCCCGCGUUCUCCCCUGUAGUUACGCCACUGAUCAGAACGAAUGCAAUUCCAGAAGCUUUGCCCAUCCUUAUACAUGUAUAUAUGUGUACGUUACUUAAGGUCUCUUGCCUACUUUUUAACAAAUAUUUUUCUUCAUGAUCAAUUGGCCAGUGCAACAAAAUGCAAAAUGUUGACCUCCCAACUCUGUGUAUAUAUAGUUUACAAAGUUUUAAUCAGUUAAAAUAUUCUAAUUGGUUCAUGGUGCUACUUGCAUUGAUCAUUAAUUGCCUGGAAUAUCAAUGCAAACAUUGUAUAGAGUUUAUUUAAAAAUUAUUUCUAUUUAUUUUAUAAACAUAAACUUUAAGAAUUUGA